GGCCGCGCCCCGAUGGCGUGGCGGGCCGUGGCCCGCGCCCUGCUGGCCGCGGCGGCCGCGCCCGCGGCGGCGGCCUCCGACUGCGAGUGCCCCUCCACCCCGGCUCCGGCCGCGAGCGGGUACGACUGCUCGCUGCCCGGGCUGGACGUCUUCGCGCCGGGUGGGGGGCGGGCGGGGCUGACGGUCAACUACCUGUCCUCCGUGACGGACACCAGCUCGCCCCAGUUCCGCGACAGGGCCCGCGAGUUCGAGGAAUGCACGGGGGCUCGGAUCGUGUUCUCCGAAGCCGCGAACGUGUUCGAGGAUCCCAUCGCCGAUGUGGGCACGAAGACUGCCACGGGCUUGGAGUUGUACGACGGCUACCUCAUGAGCUAUUCGCAUUUCCCUGAGGCCAGCGCUCUGGGCCUCGCCGAGACGCUCAAUGACCGCAUCGCCGCCUCCGCCGAGCGCCUUCGGUGGGUGGACUUCUUCCCGCAGGUUCAGAAGAUGGGCAUGUACCGCCGAGACGGCGGAGACGACAUCGAUUUCCUGAUGUUCGAUGGUGACUUCUUCGUGCCACUCGUCAGGAUCGACAUUCUCGAGAGGGAGGGCCUCCCACUGCCAAACACGUGGGAAGAGGCAGUGUCGCAGGCUAAGCGCUUCCACGACACCGAUUUGAACGGCGACGGCGUGAACGACUUCGGAUUCUGCCAUUUCCCUCGGGUCGGCGCAGGAACAUGGGACUGGUGGAUCGCAGAGCUUGUGUAUUCAACCUGGGCGACCAUGGCUCAGGAUCUCAAGCGCGGCUUCUACUUCGACGUGGAGACGUUCGAGCCUCUGCUGGACAACCCGGCGUUCAGAGAGGCGGCCGCCAUCUGGAAAGAGUUGUGGAACAUUGGAGAGGGCGAUUGUGGAGCAUUGAUGAGCGAGGGUCGUUGCUUCCUCGGCUACGCGCCUCCAGGUUGCUGGAAGGGCGUAUUCCUCAACGGCGUGUCGCGCAAGGACAACGGCACGGUCGUCUGGCAGCCGACGAUGACUGAUGGCAGCUACGCUGCCCCUUAUCGCCAGCUUCCUUUCGGCUCCCUGAAGGUGCUGAAUGACGAGGGCCAGCUGCAAACCUGCACGGAGGACAUCUGCCCAGGCGCGGUGCCAGUGCGAUCCCACGGCCAUGUCGACGCCACCGAUGACGACAGGGCCAGUGUGUUGGUGCCGUCUCCUCACGCUGGAGAGCUGAUCAAUCGCGCUCCAUUCUACUGGAGUGGAGGUUUCGGGACGAUGAUCCGGAAAAGCGCCGACCCCGUUGUCAAGGAUGCCAUUUGGGAUUUCUUUGUGUACAUCAACUCUCCGGAGACUUCGGUCAUCGACGUGGCCACUCGUGCGAGCUGGAUCGACUCGUGGCGGAUGUCGCAGCUGACCGCGGAGGGGAAGAAUUUCGUGGAGGACAGCACGUGGCCGAGGGACGCCUACGACGAGCACCGCAGUGUGAUGCACAAGUCGCUUGACGGAAGUGCCAACGGCGCGCUCAACCUGCGGAUCCCCGGCAUCAAAGAGUACAGCUACGAUGUCAUGGGCACCGCACUGAGGGAGUAUUGGGCCGGCACGAAGAGCGCAGAGGAGCUUGUGGUGCAGGUGACGGAGGGCUGGAAAUCGACUUCCGAGGACCGCGGCAUCAUCGACCAGCUUCAGACGUACCGGGCCACGCUGGGGCUCGAGCAAAUCAGCGAGUACGACUUGUGCCAGAGGUUCCGCUCCACCAUGGACUCGACCGACCCGCGCACGUGCCGCCAGUACGACCCCCCCGAGAACGAGGAUAACACUCUUGAGAUCGUCAUGUACGCAGUGGGCGCGGUCAUCGGAGUAGGACUGGUGCUGGCCAUGACCGCGUGGGUCGCGCGCACGUUCAUCCAGAAGAGGCGCCUGCAGAGGCAGGAGGAGGAACGCCAGCUCCAUAUGAUCGAGGACGGGAUGAGCGCGAUGCGCGUGCUGCGGUUUCCCAUGGCGGUGCUUCAGAUGGGGGCGUUCAUGGACAUGGGCUCGUUCAUACCCCACGAGGAGAUCCGUCAGAAUCAGGGCUCCAUGCUCGCAUGGCUGGACACUCCAGAAGACAUCGACGAGUUCGUGGAGCAUAAUUUCAUCAUAUUCCUCUCGCACCAGUGGCUGUCAUGGACGACGCCCGACCCCGAUAAUUUGCAGUACGAGUGUGCCAAGUCAGCGGUCGCCGACUGCGCGCUCCAAAAGGAGUGGGACCAGGGAAAGGUGCACGUCUGGCUCGACGUCUGCUCCAUUCCCCAGAAGAACAAGUCGCAGCAAUCGAGUGCUAUCUCGAGCCUGCCCAUCUAUGCCUCCAGCGCCCACGCCUUCAUCGUGAUCGCGCCAGAGGCGGUGCACAAGGACCUGUGUCAGAUCUGCAGCCUGGAGACCUACCAGAAUCGUGCCUGGUGCCGCGCGGAGUUGCUGUCGCACUCCCUGACACACGGCGUUGGCGACAUGUACCUGGCGAACUCGCAGAACAAGAUCGAGCCGGUGCGACUCGGGAGCGCGAUGAUGAACGAAGCUAUCUACGUGUUCGAAGGUGAGCUCUCGUGCUGUCGCAUGAAUCACGAGGGACUUAAGUGCUGCGACCGUGAGCGGCUCAUGGUGCCGUUCCUGGGCCUGUAUGGUCUGCAGCACGUCCUGAAGACGAAGGGGUCGAUGGACGAGCAGAUGCAAAUGAAAGACUUCCUCGCGGCCAUCGACAAACAGGAGUCCCGUGUCUUCCCAUCAGACAUCGAAGUCACUGUAAAGGAUACGAAGACUGGCAAGAAGAAGACGGAGAGGCGGGUUCUUUUCAAGGGCCUUCUCGACAGGAUGAAGUAUCAUGCUGACCAUAUGAAUAUCGAUGACCUCCAAAAGUUUGGAUUCAAAGCAGUGGUCCAACACGAGGGUUCUGAUGCUGAUGGAAGUUCCAAGGCUAAGUUGGUCGUCACACGAACCAGGACAACCGCGAGCAUAGCGAGCAUGACACCACACCUCAGCGUCCCUUCCGAGUCCAGCUUGAAAAACGCGAUGCAUGCAGCAGAGUCGGUCUAAGCAUCACUACUUAGAUCCACACCUCUAUGUUUCAAGGUCGCCGGCCCGACGACAGCACCGACCUUCUUUUUGGGAGCUACAGAGGUAAGCGAAGCGACGUCGUUGUAGUUGAUCCGCCGGCAGGAGCUCUCUGCCUAAGACGCUGCUGGCGAAUAACCUUGUGAGGUGAUCAGGGCCAGUACAAUUACACGCGGCUGGGCCAGGAGAGAGUGAGCAACUAUUUAUCUUGGCGGAGGGCCCAACCAUAUGAAACUGCGGGCACCGCGAGGAAAGCGAGCCUUCAUGAGCCUCCAAAGCCCAGCAAGUGGACGGAAGGCCCACAACGUUUUUUGAUGGACCGUGUUCUGGAGACCCAUAACGCGUUGGGCUUUGUUUUCUCCCGCGGCCGCUUUGCGCGCUUGCGUGCAAGGCACAUGCCGCUCCCCUACGGAGAACGAGGCCUCGAACGCGCUGGGCUCCCUCUUCUGCAGGGCACGGCCGCCCUGCUGUGUCUUGAUGGCUCUCCCCCUGUCGCUUGCGAUGGGCGCCAGAGGACGGUGAACGUUUGUGCCUCCUCUCCGUCGUAGCGCUCGCUGCCCGGGCCAGCCCUCCCCCCGCGCGGGGAACGCUGACGAUCCUGCCGCGGGGGCGGGGGGGGCCCUGCCCCCCCCCCCUCUGCAUGCUCGGAGCGGACCCCCCGGAGGUAGGGUGCUGUGCUCGCAGGCAUGGCGUGGUCUGAACGGCGCGCGCUGGUGCUCACUGGCGUGUUGUGGCACUCGCGGUCGUCGAUCGCGUCUGCAAUCGAGGCGUCCCCGUUGUGUUCUCCUGCGUGGUCCAGCUACUCCAGCAGCAGACGUCGUUUCUCUGCCGUCCCGGGAGCACCGACGCACAGAAGCUGCGGCCGGCUUGCCCCUAAUCUUCUCGUGUUGUGCCUCGACCUGGGUCAGGAGCCUCCGCCCCACAGGUCUGGAGACAAUAUUGUAACCGCGCUCUUUGGCCUCUGUAAACGUGGGCCACUGUUGGGUGUUAGCCGAAUCUACUGAAGGAAUGCUGAGACGUCGCACUUGCGCCUGAUACUCGGAAGGGCUCCGUGGCCAUCGGGAGUUGGGCACGACGUGCACCCAGCGUUUCACGCCCCCCCACACCGCAUCAAAAUUCUAAGAGAGCUGUAAGCUGCAUGCGCCUGGAUGACAAAGCUGCACGCACCUGGGCCGCAAGCGAAGGGGAACGCGUGGGGG